UAAAAGGCAUUGCUUAACAAUAAAACCCUUUUGUUUGGCUCGUCAUUUUUCACAAAUAUUUAUCAGCGUCGCCGCCUCACAUCUCCUCCGCAGCUGCUGCUAAAAUGGCGUCAGAAAGGAAGCAAGCGAAUCCAAUGAGAGAGAUUAAAGUCCAGAAACUUGUGCUCAACAUCUCCGUCGGUGAAUCUGGCGAUCGCCUCACCCGUGCUGCCAAGGUUUUGGAGCAACUAAGUGGCCAAUCUCCUGUCUUUUCCAAGGCAAGGUACACUGUGAGAUCAUUUGGGAUUAGGCGUAAUGAAAAGAUUGCAUGCUAUGUCACUGUUAGGGGAGACAAGGCAAUGCAGCUUCUGGAGAGUGGUUUGAAGGUUAAGGAGUACGAGCUUUUGAGACGUAACUUCAGUGACACUGGCUGCUUCGGUUUUGGAAUUCAGGAGCACAUUGAUCUUGGUAUCAAGUACGAUCCAUCAACCGGUAUUUAUGGUAUGGACUUCUUCGUUGUUCUAGAGCGCCCAGGUUACCGUGUGGGUCGUCGCCGUAGGUGCAAGGCCCGUGUUGGAAUCCAGCACAGAGUUACAAAGGACGAUGCCAUGAAAUGGUUCCAGGUGAAGUAUGAAGGAGUUAUCCUCAACAAAUCUCAACAAAUCGGUGCUUAAACGCAUCUUUAUGGUAAGUUAUCUUUGGGUGGUUAACCUUGACUUGGCUCAUCCGAGAUUUUAUUACAUCCAUUUUUGUCUUUUGGUUUUCUUGAACAUGACUAGUUUGAUGUUAUUCUCUUGUUAUAGUAGUUGUUUUAGGCAUGAAAGUAUGGAACUUUUUUUUUUGUUCUGUUCAGACUCUAUGGGUAUUAUUCAGAAUCUGAGAUACUGUUUCAACUUGUGCAUUA